AUGAAAAUGUUUACAUCAAAACAAAUUCAAAACUUUAAUAUAGGCAAAAUUGAUGGAAUAUAUUCUCAUGGAGCAUAUACAUAUUUAAAGGGAUAUAAAACUGUACUAAGGAAAUUUUCUUUUUUUGAUUUAGAGUUAAUAUUAUAUGCUUUAUCAUCUUAUAAUAUUUUAGAAAAUGUAAUUUUUUUAACAGUAGAUUCAGCAUAUGUUAUAAAUAAAAAUGAUGAAACACAACAUGAAGAUGCUUAUAUAGAUUCUGAUAAUGAAUUAAAAAUAAAAUCUUCAAUCAGUUAUGCAAAAAUAAAUAAUAACGACUAUACACCUAUAAUAUUAAAUAACAUUAAAGAUAUAUUUAAUAUUGGUGAUAUUAUAUCUAUAGAAAUAUAUAAUAAGUUAUAUACAAAUCAAGAAAGUAAUGAUGAGAUAUUAAAUACAUUACAUGGUGAGUUAGAUAAUUAUUAUAAGAUAUAUGUUCCAUCAAGUAACAAUAAAUUAGUAUUAUCCCCAUUAAAUACAUCAAAAAUAUAUGGCCUUAAUUAUAUCUCAAAACUUUAUAAUGUACAUGUAAAUGAAAUAUUAUCAAUAGGGAAUGACACAAAUGAUAUCGAAUUGUUAGCAUCAACUGGAUAUUCAGUUGCUGUUAAAACUUCAACAUAUGGAGCUCUUAGGGCAGCUCGUUGUAUAUCCACACACACAAACAAUCAGAAUGCAAUAGCAUAUAUAAUAUACAAAGCCAUCAAAGGAAAGCAAAUGUAG